GAACUGGGUGGCUUGAUUUUGAGAUGUAGGUGGGGUUGUUGCGGUUGCUGGCAGGCAUUGGUUUCGAGAAGUUGGAGCAGAUGCUUUGUUCUUUCGUUGAAUUGCUCAAGGUUUAGAGGAUUCUAGAAUUCGGAUUGAGUGGAGUUUUUUAUCCGAGUGAUGUGGGUUGGUUGCUCAUGAAGCGGGAGGUCUCUUUUAUUUAUUUCUUUCUUUCUUUUCUUGUAGCCGUGAUUCUCGAAGGGAGUUCUCGCAGUGCCAUUUCAGCAGCAGGUCUCUAGGUUUAUGAGAAGUUUGUGAGUGAACGCGAGGGUUUGUGUGGUGAUAGUUUGUGUUCAAGAACUUUUAUGUGGGCUGAAAUUCUUUUCCCUCUAACAGAGAAACUGCUCUUUCUCUCGCCAAAGAUGGGAUGAAAGUGUUCAUAGCUAGUCGGAAUGUUGACAAGGGCCGAGAAGCUGCGUCUUAUAUCCGUGAGUCAUGUCCAGGAGCCGAUGUGGAUGUUCUGUUACUGGAUUUGAGCACAUUGGAAUCUGUGCGAAAUUGUGCGACACAGUUUAAAUCUCGCAAUCUUCCUUUGAAGUUACUGGUCAACAAUGCCGCAGCCAAUUCCUCAGAGCCCUGGUACACACCUGAAGGUGUGGGUCGCUUAUGCAUGGUCAAUUACCUCGGUCAUUAUGUCUUAACCCGUCUGUUGGAGGACAGCUUGGUGGCAGGCGCACCCUCAAGGGUGGUCAACGUGAGCUCUAUAAUGAGUCGGUAUGCCAGAUUAUCUAAACCGGAGAAAUUUCUCAAAGAGUUCGAUUGUGGUAAAUAUUCAGCGACGAAGCUUGCAAACAUUCUGUUUAGUUUUGAAUUGCAACGGCGAUGGCAAGGUAAAGGGAUCCAAGCAUGCGCAGUUGAUCCAGGAGCUGUCUCUAGUGACAUAUGGAGGAACAGUGUAUUUAAUAAACCGCCUCUCUCAUGGGCUUUGAAGGUGGCGUUUGCUCCGGCAUCGGAUGGAGCCGUACCUGUACACCAUGCUGCUACUACACCUUUGAAAACUGAACCAGGCACAACACCGCUCCGGCUCUUUGCCCGGGGAGGGUUCACUUGGUGGGGGGUGACGAGCCCUAACUCUAUACCGCUGCUUGGAUUGCUUGCAGCAACGUUCGACUGGCCCAUUCGGUGCCUCUCAAAGGGUGCCUUCUUCAGCAAAGUUGUGGAAGUGUCAGCAGCCCGACAAGCUUACGAUGAGAAGGUGGCAUCCAAUAUGUGGAGCCUCUCUGCAAGCAUUGCAGGACUGCCUGAUUAGAGGAAAAAAAUGCUUAGGACCAGCACAAUAGAAGAUGAAUUUAUGCAAAGCUCAAGCUCUUUUGGCAAAGGAGAAAUUGCUUGCUACUUUGGGAAGGAAUCCUUUGCUUAUUCAGCACUUGCUCAGGAACACUUUCUAACGUUAAGAGUAGUCAGGAAAGAUUAUAGUCAAUCGGAAUUUAUUUUUUAGAAGGUUUUCCAAAAAGUGGUUGUGGUGAUCAAUUGGUUCUCAAAAGACAUCAUAGUAGAUUACGGGUAAGUUUAAAUUAUAUAUAUAUAUAUAUAUAUAUAUAUCACAAGCUUUUGUUCAA